GGUGUGCGUACAUAGAAAAACGAGAACGCGGAUGACAGGCUGCUUCUGUUAGUUAAAUUGAUUUGAACUUCACCAUGAUCAGCUCCGCAACUUCACAAACCUGCUGACUGGGAUUCUGUCGAGAUGGUGUAAGAACUGCACUUUUUUUUAGAUGUGAAAAUCUUUCAACGUGUCCAGCGCUGUCAAAGGGAGUUGGAUGUUUGCUACAAAACCGGUAGUUCAGAUUCGAGAGGACUGGGGACAGGCAUUUCAGCUACACAAUCAUAGGCAUAAGUUGAAUGUGAGAGACUUCUUUUCCCAGAGAGAAGUGAAUCUGGCCGUUUGUGGAUUAUGGGGACAACUGCCAGCACUGCUCAGCAAACGGUAUCCAUAGGACAACUCAGUGACAACGGCCAGAGCAACGAGACAACAGAGAGCAGACGAUCAAUAAGUGUCAACUCCUUCCAGACACUCAGCAUUCACAACAAGGCCAAAUCCAUCAUCACCAAUAAGGUGGCACCCGUGUUGAUCACGUAUAACUGUAAAGAAGAGUUUCAGAUUCACGAUGACUUGUUAAAAGCAAACUAUAUAAUUGGGAAAAUUUCAGAUAACUUGCCGGAACACUAUCUUGUUCAGGGAAAGUAUUUCAUGGUUUGUGAUAUCUACAAUAAGAUAGACGUCUUGAACACUACUGGCUAUUAUGGAGUACCCAACUUCAGGCAGGCCAAGGGAAACUACCCAGUGUUCGGAAUGGGACAACCUAGUCUUAACGGCUUUAAACAGGUUCUCCAAGUAUUUCAACAGGAAGGUUACAAGGAAAUUCUGUUUUUCUGUGUUCGUGAGGAGCCUGUGGUUUUCCUGCAUAUCGAGAAUGACUUUGUUCCCUACACUCCCCGGAGUAAAGAAAAUCUUCACGAAAACCUCCAUGACUUGGGAAGAGACCUGGAAGUGGAAAAACUAGAGCUGGCUAUCAGGAAAGAGCUUUAUAACUUUGCUCAGUUGAAUGAAAAUACCAAUUAUGUCUAUAAUGACAUAGAACAUUUCAAGGAUGAGCCUCGGACAGUCUGUAUUUGCAGUGAAGAGGAUAUCCAUGUAACAGAAGAGGUUUACAAAAGACCUUUCUUUACCAAGCCAUCUUGCAGGUACUAUCGAUUACCGCUGUCUGUGGAUGGGUUACCACUUCAGUCACAGAUAGAUGUCUUUAUUAAUUCACUCAGGGAGACUCCAAAUCUCUUGCUUCUUCAGAACUCUGAAAGGCCUCCGCCUGCAUUAGUCUUCAGCUGUCAGGUUGGAGUUGGUAGGACAAAUUUAGGAAUGAUACUAGGAACCCUUGUGAUGUGUCAUAGAAAAGGCUUUCCUGAAAAAUGGGGAGAUAACCAGAAUACUAGUGCUAAAAAGAGGGAGCAUUUGCAGAUGAUCCAGAACUUUGUCAAAAGCCUUCCGAUGGGUCAACAAAUUGUGGAAGAGGUGGACACAGCUAUCGCUCUCUGCUCUGAAAUGCAUAACAUUAAAGAAGACAUCUAUGAAUACAAACAGAAGCUGGAGGGCAUUGGGGAGAAUUGCCAAGUUGAGGGCAACAGCACCAAAGAAUAUUUUCUUCAAAGAAUACUGCAGAGCACAGAGCGUUAUUUCUAUCUGAUCGCUUUUAACUACUUUCUGCAUGAACAGUAUCCUUUGGCCUUUUCACUUAACUUCAGCAGGUGGAUGUGCAGGCACCCCUGGAUGUACAGAAUCUUGGCUGGCAUGAAUGUGUCUGAGCUUACUGCCCCUUGCGACUUAGUAACAAAAGGCAUCAGAAUGUUGGUUGCAGAUGAAGCUCUGGAUGUUCUAAGCACAUUGAAAGAAAUGAAAGUGGCCAAUUUCCGACGGGUUCCAAAGAUGCCAAUCUACGGCAUGGCACAGCCUAAUUCAGAGGCUUGUGGCUUGGUCCUGACAUACCUGACUGAUGAGAAGAGGAAUUACAGCAACAUUUUGUGGGUGACCUUACGAGAGGAGUUAGUGCUGGAGGGGAAUGGCCAAGUGUACACACCCCGGGAACCAACCUGCUUGGAACAGCCCAUCACGGUACCCACCAACUCAUCAGAGCAGCUCGAAAAACUAGAAAAUGGCCUUAAAAAUGAGAUUUUGGCAUCACAGAAGUUACUUGAAGUACAGCUGGAACAGGAGAAGCAGAUGAAGUUGUUUAAAAGUUGUCUCACCAUGCAGGAGAUUUUCAACCAACUGAAGAGCUCUCACCAGGGCCUACUGUAUAGACGUAUCCCCAUUCCUGAUUGUGGUGCUCCAAGAGAAAAGGACUUUGACAAGUUAUUUGAAGCCACAAAAACAGUUUUCGCAGAUGAUUCCCGCUCAGCAAUUGUAUUUAACUGUCAUAACGGGAAAGGAAGGACAACGACUGCCAUGGUGCUAUCAGUCCUCGCUUUCUGGCACUUCAAGGGAAUUCCUGAAAAUAAUGAAGAAGAACUCGUGAGUGUGCCAGAUGCCAAGUACACAAAGGGAGAAUUUGAGAUUGUGAUGCAGAUAGUUCGACUCUUGCCCGAUGGACACAAAAUGAAGAAGGAAGUAGACCUGGCUCUGGACAUUGUGAGUGAGACUAUGACUCCAAUGCAUUACCACUUGCGAGAAAUCGUCAUCUGCACUUACAGGCAGAUUAAAACAGCCAAAUCCGAGAAGGAAAAGCACUUUCUGCAGCUGCGAAGUUUGCAGUAUCUGGAGCGAUACAUUUACCUCAUUCUCUUCAACACAUACUUGCAUUUGGAAAAGCAAGAUUCCUGGCAAAGACCCUUCAGUACUUGGAUGUAUGAGGUCGCAGCCAAGGCUGGAGUCUAUGAGAUCCUGAAUCGCUUGGGAUUCCUAGAAUUUGAAGACCCUGAGAACAUACCCCUUUCUCGACUGUGCUACCGCUGGUUGCAACAAAGUACAAACACGCUUCCUUUCCGAGGCGAGUUUGUUUAGUUAUCUUCUUUGCUCUAUGAGCUGAUGGAUGACGGACUGCCUUUCCACUGGCUGUACAGCAUUGACACUCGUAAAUCAUUGGAACCGUUCACCAUUCUGCUUGUAUGUACAUAAAGCACAGAAAAAGUAGCGAACAAUGGACAGACAUUGGAAUCAGAACUGAUGUGAUGGCUAUAGAGAGUCAGUGAUGAAGGAUUGAUUUGGAAUACUCUCACAGAGAAUUGAUGCAGACACAAUGGGCUGAGUGCUCUUCUGUAUCAUAAACAACAUAUGGCUUAAUGUGAGAAAACCGAGUUGUCAUUUAAUACUUUUGAUCACAGAGAAUGAAAGUUAUUAGAAAGGCCCUUUCAACCAUAGAAAAAGAAAACAAGAUAUAGUCUGUUGAGAGUGCUUCGAAAAUCUGCAAUAAUCCAACUCCAACCUUAAUAAGAAAGCAGCAUUAGGCACUGUACUGUCUUCACAAAAAUAAGCAUUACUACAAAAUGUUAAGUCGACUAAAGGGUGGGGGUAUGCAGUAAAAGGUCAAUGUUAUAUAACUGUGAGCCACUAAAUAGGAAAGCCAUCAUGCAAUCAGAAUCCUUCACUCAUUGGACCACUUCUUCAAUGACCCACUGUUGUAAAUCCUCUGACCCUUUUUAGAAUUUAGCAACUAUACUGUAGAGCAUAUGUUCAAUUUAUAAGAAGUCGUAACACAUUCUUGUCGUUUGGAAUUUCUGAAUCUUGCAAUUGAUGUGAAACUUAAAGUAUAUUAAAUGUGCUACAUUAAUUUCUGUUGGAAUGUCCUGAUUUGUUUGGCAAGGAAACUAACUGAUUAAAUGAUUGGUUAAUGUUGUCUGCUUGGAUUCCAGGUGCACAAUGUUUUUUCCCAGUCAACUCUUUGAUAUAUUCAGCACAAUUUUGUGCUUUUGCUAUUCAACAUCACAGUGUCAUCACAAAAAAUACAACGUUUAUCUCAUUUGUGCAUUUUAAAUGGAGAAUGUAAUA